AGAGUCUGAACUGUUUUCAUGUACUCACACUGAAAACUGCAUCAGGAUGAUGUUGGCAAUAACUCCGCUUGUCGUGUUGGGUUUUCUGAGUCAGGAUUUUUUCUCAAGGGAAAUUUUCUUUUCUUCUGCCAACAAAUUUGUGACUCAGACUGAAAAAUCUAAGUCUGUUAGUCUUGGAGGGACUAUGACCAUAAGCGCAACAGGGAGUUCAGAUAUUGGUGCUGAUCUCAGUUGGUACCUUCUGAAACCUGGACAGGCACCAAAACUCCUUAUAUACGAUACAUCAACUCUCUUCUCUGGAACCCCAUCUCGAUUCAGUGGCAGUAGAUCUGGUUCUGACUACACUCUGACCAUCAGUGCAGUUCAGGCUGAAGAUGUUGGAGAUUACUACUGUCUGGGCGACCAUGGUGGUGGAGUGUGGACUUUUGGUGGAGGAACCAAAGUCAUCGUUGACUUGGGUGUGGUGUGGCCCACCCUGACUGUCCUCCCCCCCUCCACAGAGGAGCUGCAGCAGGGCAGUGCCACACUGGUGUGUCUGGCCAGCGGGGGCUUCCCCUCAGGGAGGCUGGGCUGGAAGGUGGGGGGCAGCAGCAGCUCCUCAGGGGUGUCACACAGCCUGGAGGUCCUGGGGAGGGACGGCCACUACAGCUGGAGCAGCACCCUGAGCCUCCCUGCAGACCAGUGGAGGAAGGCGGGCUCAGUGAGCUGUGAGGCCAGUCUGAAUGACCAGAGCCCUGUCACUCAAACCCUGGACCCUGACCGCUGUUCAGAGUAGAGCUUCAGCAACACUUCCUCUCUGGAAAUGAUGCUGCUUCUUUGAUGCAGAUGGGUUGAUGAAGCUACAGAUCUCCUCUGUUCACAUACGUCUGCAAGUUUCAAAGCUCUCUACUUAGUGUUAG